AGUACCCCUCUCUCCCCCUCUCUCUCAGUUGUGAGUGUGUGUGUUUCUGCGAGGACUGAAAACCUACACUUGAAUGCCCCUCUCAGGGAAGCAGAGCAUGACCACCCUUACUCCUGGUACGUCACACUAUUCUCUUUUAACCUCUCUCUCUCUCUCUCUCUCAACCUCACCACUAUUUAUACCUCCCCUGCUUUCUCAACCCCUUCACUCUCUCCAGAACAUCAACACCCUGCUCAAAAUUUUCUAUUUAAACCCACUGAACCCACCACCAACCAGCUGCUCCACCGCUUCAAUCUCUCAAACAUUAAUAUUAUCAAAGAAAUUAGGGAAACUAAUUAGUAAAAUGUCUCCUGCAGCAAAUUCUUCAUCAAGAUGGUGCCCAACCCCAGAGCAACUGAUGAUCCUUGAGGAGAUGUACAGGGCUGGCAUCAGAACCCCCAAUGCCUCUCAAAUCCAACACAUCACUGCCCAGCUCUCCCUCUAUGGCAAGAUUGAGGGCAAAAAUGUAUUUUACUGGUUCCAGAACCACAAGGCCAGGGACAGGCAGAAGCUCAGGAGGAAGCUUUGUAAGCAACUGCAGCAACAGCAACUUCUCUAUAAUCACCACCACAAUUAUCAUAAUUACCAUAAUAACCCUUAUCAUCAUCAUCAUCAUCACCAGCAGCAGCAGCAGCAGCAGCAGAGCCUUCUUGGGUACCUUGAUCAUCUCAGCCCUCCUGCUUCUUCUUCUGCUCUUCAACAACUUUCCAACUGUCAUAACUACUCGUCAGCUGGCUUUCUUCCUCCUCCUCAGGUGGGAGUUGAAGAUGCCUUGAUGAACCAGGCGUGGAAGAUGGAGAUCCCACAGAGGGUGGAGAUGGAGAAGUCCGUGAUGAGUAUGUACGGCCGUGAUUGGAUGAUGAUGAUGAUGAUGGAGGAUGUGGGCCCACCCUCUCCAUGUUGUAGUACUAGUACAAGAGCUACUACUACUAGACAACCCCUCAAGACCCUUCAACUCUUCCCCAUCACUGCCACCAAUCUCAAAGAAGAAUCCUCCUCACCCUCCUCCUCCAAUCCUCUCUCUCCUCCCACCACCCCCACACCAAAUUACUAAAAACCCCAAGCCAAGCCACUUCUUCUGCUGCAUGCAUCUCUCUCUCUCUCUCUCUCUAGUGUGUGUGUCUUGGUUUCUGUUAUGUGUUUUCUGGGCUCUUCUUCUUCUGCUCUGUGAAAUGAAAGAUCUCAAUUGUCUAAUGAGUAGUAGUAGGUUCUGGGUCCUAUAGAGGGAGGGUGGGAUGCCUUCAGUUUCAGCCUAUCAGCCUAUCAACUUAAAUAUAUAUUUAAAGGAAUGCCCUUUUAUUUAUGUAUAUUUAUACUUAACCUUUCAAACGAAAACCCCACUAGCUAGUACUAUUAUUACUAUUCUCAAUGCUAGAAGAAGUGUAUGCAUCGCAUGCAGCCAGCAUUGGCUUUGUCUCUUGUGUUUAAGCUUAAAGCUGACAUAUUGCACACCCAGACACAGACGCAGUACUUGAACUGUUGUAUGAAUGUAUGUAGUCAUGUACAAGUCAGCUUUUUAGUGUUUGGUAUUUACUUGGUCUUUUGGA